AGUUAGUUCCAUGCCGCGUCUCUGGCCAAUGGGGGAGGCGGAGGGGCGGGCCGAAGCAGUAGGUGGGGCUGUCUCGCGAGAGAGAUCGCGGGCGCUGGGCUUACGGCGGGCGCUGAGCCGCCGGGACGGGCGAAUGGAGGGCACGGGCGGCGAGCGGGCGCCGCUGUUGGGCGCAGGGCGGGCGGCGGCGUUCGAGGGUCGGCGUGCGGCGUGCGCGGCAGUGCUGCUGACGGAGCUGCUGGAGCGCGCCGCCUUCUAUGGCGUGACGGCCAACUUGGUGCUGUUUCUCAACGGCAAGCCGUUCGACUGGGAGGGCGCGCAGGCGAGCCAGGCGCUGCUGCUCUUCAUGGGCCUGUCGUACCUGGUGUCGCCCUUCGGCGGCUGGUUGGCCGACGCGCGGCUGGGCCGGGCGCGCACCAUCCUGCUGAGCCUGGCGCUCUACCUGCUCGGCAUGUUGGUCUUCCCGCUGCUGGCGGCGCCCGGCACUCGCGACGCGCUCUGCGGGCUCCCGCAACCCCCGCGCGCCCGCAACGCCUCGGCGCCCACGGACGAGCACGCCCGCUACUGCGCCCCCGCCGCCCUGACCUGCCUGGCGCUCGUGGGCCUGGGCGUGGGCACCGUCAAGGCCAACGUCACGCCCUUCGGCGCCGACCAGGUUAAAGAUCGAGGUCCAGAAGCCACAAGAAGAUUUUUUAACUGGUUUUACUGGAGCAUUAAUCUGGGAGCCAUCAUUUCGCUCGGAGGCAUUGCCUACAUCCAGCAGAACGUGAGCUUUCUGACUGGCUACAUCAUCCCCACCGUCUGCGUCGGCGUGGCCUUCCUGGUCUUCCUCUGUGGCCAGAAGUUUUUCAUCACCAAGCCUCCGGAUGGCAGUGCUUUCACUGACAUGUUCAAGAUACUGGCUUAUUUCUGCUGUGCUCAGAAUCGAGUGGGAGGGCGCAGGCAGAGCGGUGAAGGCAUUGGAGGCUUUCAGCAGUCUUCUAAGCAAAGUCUAUUUGAUUCCUGUUCGAUUUCUCACGGAGGGCCAUUCACAGAAGAGAAGGUGGAGCAUGUGAGAGCCCUGAUCAAGAUCAUCCCUGUUUUCUUGGCUUUGAUCCCUUACUGGACAGUGUAUUUCCAAAUGCAGACAACGUAUGUUUUACAGAGUCUUCAUUUGAAGAUUCCAGAAAUAUCCAGUAUUACAACCACUCCUCAUACGGUUGGAAUGUUCUUUGUAAUGUGUUCUGCCUUCGCUGCAGGCAUCUUGGAAAGCAAAAGGCUGAUCCUUGUGAAAGAGAAAACCAUUAAUCAGACCAUCGGGAACGUCGUGUACUUUGCAGCUGACAUGCCGAUCUGGUGGCAGGUGCCCCAGUACGUGCUCAUCGGCCUCAGUGAGAUCUUUGCCAGCAUAGCGGGCCUGGAAUUCGCUUAUUCAGCUGCUCCCAAGUCCAUGCAGAGCGCCAUCAUGGGCUUAUUCUUUUUCUUCUCUGGCGUCGGCUCGUUCGUGGGCUCGGGACUGCUGGCGCUGGUGUCCAUCAAGGCUAUUGGGUGGAUGAGCAACCACUCAGAUUUAGGUAACAUUAAUGGCUGCCACCUCAACUAUUACUUUUUCCUUCUGGCUGCUAUUCAAGGAGCUACCCUCCUACUUUUCCUGAUUGUUUCUGUGAAAUACGACCGUCAGCGAUCAAGAGCACACGGGGCACCUGGUAGCAGGAGGACCUGAGGUUCUGGAGUCUGUCCUGAUUCCAGACUGCUUGUUAGAGGACAGAACAGGAGAGGCGAGAGCACUGAGAACAGCAAGAUAAGAGUCAGCACCAUUGUCUUGACUUUCUUAAAACUUGCAUGAUGCCUGGACUGGCUUCCUCUUUUCUUCUCCCCAAACAAGCUAGGUAAGUAAGUGCCUUACUGGGGGGGUCACCUCCAGAGCAGAGUGUGGGCUUCUUACUGUGUCUUCGACAGCACCCUCCCCUGGAAAUCCCAGGAUUCUGGGAGAUCACACUGUGCUGGGUGCCACUCCAAUAUGCACAGGUUCAUUGUGUUUUUCUUCUUCUUGUCAUUGAGACUUCUCCACUCUGGGUUGACUUUUUUUUUUUUCCAGACAGAGACAGAAACAGGGAGGAAGAUGGAAAGAUGUCACAGCACCAAAGCUUCCUCCAGUGCGCUGAGGCCAGGCUUGCACCUGGGUUGUGCACAGGCACACAAAGCGGGUGCACCACCCAGGCGAGCUGUCCUGGCCCCACUCCAGUAUUUUAAACAGAUCCUUCCCCCCCCCUCCCACAGGCCAUAUGCUGUCACUACUGUAUCUCCCUUUCGAUAGCGAGGAUCUCUGUGGAGAUGAGGUGUGUCCCAACACUGUGCAAAUCUGGAUAGGAAGGUCACUUUUAGAGUUUAUUCCAUGAGCCACAAUCCUCGCCAUUGCCGUGUCCUGAUUCGGCCGUAUUGAGUGAGCUUUACCUUCUGCUUCAGAAAAUACUUAUUUUUGAACCUGUCCACUUGGCUUUUUCUUAGGAACAAGCAGCAAGUACUAUUUAAGACCAGUGUCUUAUCUUAAGUCACAAAGCAGCUGAUAGGGUAUUUUCAACCAGGCCUCAUCCGGCCUCAUGUAAAUUACCUUUUGAAUUAUAUUGAAAGCAGGUCUUUUGUGGGGUGGUGUGUGGAAACCAUUCUUCUGACUAGAGUUCGUGUAACUACAAAUAACUGAAAAGUGUUCACUGCUAACUUGUACUUUUGUACCUACGUUGUACAUAAACAUGAGGGUUUGUUAAUAAACUGUUGUUCAUUUGUGGCUGUA